CGCGCGCACACACACACACGCAGUUUGGCUCGCACGGCUGAAAGUCUCACGCUCGCUCCCUCACUCACUCAGCCACAAGCGCUGGCUAAAGCAAGCAUUUGUCAUUGAGAGACAGUUAACUGUGGAAAUAAAUUUAAAAUAAGACAAUUUAACGUUUUAAGAAAGGAUUGUCGCACAAUGAAGACUAGAUUGGAAAUUAAGAACGGAAAACUGUCAAAAAAGAAGACAGAAAAAGAAAAUUCAUCAAAUAUUCAAAGGGGAGUAAAGAACCCUAAAUCUACUUCUGCUUAAGCCAAGUGGAGACAAGCUGAGCGUACAUCGAACAAGGAAACCUAACGCACAGAAUAAGUUCUAAACUAGGUCUGGAUUUGGAAAGGGUUCUGUCUCUUUAUGUUUGCUGGAGGUUUUUCACUUUCUGCCUCAUUUCGCUAGCGUACCUGCAGCGCCUUUCCUCGAAAUCGGAAUAAGGAUUGACUUCGCCGACUGUGAAGUAAGCAAGGGGUGGAAGAGCAACACUGGCGACCAUGCCAAUCCCAAAUCUUUUCAAAUAAGCUCUGCCUCUUCGAGAGGCUGACUCACAGCCCACAUAAAAUCCAGGUCAGAGACCCUCUGCAAACCCACCUCUUCUAUGUGCUCAACAUCCUCAUGAUUACAACAGCAAUGGGAGCGGUGCGUGUAAACAGGUACAGCAUUGUCUCAACAGAUGAGGAUGGUCUAAAAGUAUCAACCCUUGGAUUGCACAAUGGAGGUGGUGGAGUCCAGGCUGGUAGCCUUCUACACCAGUAUGGCAGCCACAAUGGAAUGGGAAGUAAGGUUUCAACAAUGGGGCGUGGACGACUCAGAAGUCGAUUUGUGAAGAAGAAUGGCCAGUGUAAUGUUGUUUUCACCAAUAUGCAUGACAAGCCCAGACGGUACCUAGCUGACAUCUUCACUACUUGUGUUGACAUACGUUGGCGCUACAUGCUGGCCAUCUUCUCUGCCGCCUUUCUCAUUUCCUGGUUACUCUUUGGCCUGGUGUUUUGGGGAGUUGCUCUAGCACAUGGAGAUCUUGACCUAGUACAAGACCAUAAUGGCUUAGUAGGAGGCCUGGGGAAAGAAUGGAAACCAUGCAUUCUUCAUGUUCAUAGUUUUGUUGGGGCCUUUCUGUUCUCAAUUGAAACUCAAACAACAAUUGGAUAUGGCUUCCGCUGUGUAACAGAAGAGUGUCCAAUUGCUGUCGCAACUGUAGUUGUCCAGUCUAUUGUAGGCUGCAUCAUUGACUCUUUCAUGAUUGGUACCAUAAUGGCCAAAAUGGCUCGUCCAAAGAAGAGGGCACAGACUUUACUGUUUAGCCACCAUGCAGUGAUUGCUUUGAGAGAUGGCAAACUUUGCUUGAUGUGGCGUGUUGGAAACCUCCGGAAGAGUCACAUUGUGGAAGCCCAUGUCAGAGCACAACUUAUAAAGCCAUACAUGACAGCAGAAGGUGAAUACCUCCCUUUGGAUCAGACUGACCUAAAUGUAGGUUAUGAUGUGGGUCUAGACCGCUUGUUUCUAGUCUCUCCUUUGGUCAUCGUUCAUGAAAUUGAUGAACAGAGCCCACUGUAUAGUCUAAGCAAGGAAGAUCUAGAAGCAGAAGACUUUGAAAUAGUUGUGAUCCUGGAAGGGAUGGUGGAAGCAACUGCGAUGACCACACAGGCAAGGAGUUCCUAUCUCGCUCGAGAGAUUUUGUGGGGUCACCGUUUUGAGCCAGUGGUUUUUGAAGAGAAGAAUCGCUACCAGGUGGACUAUUCUCGGUUCCACAAGACAUACGAGGUGCCAUCUACCCCACGUUGCAGCGCAAAAGAUUUAAGUGAUGCAGCCUAUAAGGUUACAGGAUCUGUAGUGUCCCAUCAACCUUCUCACCUCACACCUCCUUCUAUUGUCCCACUUCCCCCAAGUGCAUUCUGUUAUGAAAAUGAAGUCGCGCUACACUGCAGGGAAGAUGAAGAAGAUGAAGACGAGCUCAACCGGGGAGCCAGCGAAGUCAGGGAGUUCCGUGAGCCUGAUGAGGUCAUGCGUGUGCUGGAGGUAGAAAACCGAUUAGAAUUUGAUCGGCUGCAAGCCGCUAUUCCUCUUGAUGCACUGUCAUAUAGAAAGGAAUCGGAAAUAUGACUGGCACCGAACCUCCCUAGGAUAUCAUAGGCCUCCAGAUUGUGUUGGUGAGUUAAAAAAUACAAUCGCAUAUAGGUUGUCAAAACUAUCGACUCCUAUGUUGAUUUUUUUCUCCCAAGUACAUCUGGAUCGGAAAUGGACAGGGUGUUUUCGAUUGCAAUUAAUCCACCUUCCUUAAGACUGUUUACUCAGAUUUAUCAAAUUCUUGUGAAUUUGUCCAUUUCGCAUUGAAGACUAAGUCUUAGUAAGAGAGAUUAGGUGAAGUAGAAAUCCUCUCCAUUUAAGCAGACUUGUUUCGAGGCAAUUGAGUUGAAGUUUGAGAGCAAACAACAAUAUUUGUCAAAUCGGCAACUAUUAUUCCAAUUAUAUGUUUUUUCAAACAAAGUCAGCAUUUUUAAAGUUACCAUCCUACGCAGUUCUAUAAAAAUGCCAGACAAUCUUCUCAGACAAUCUUGGCUUAUGGAAAAAAAAUAAAACAAGAUAACAAAAAAAGAAAAAUCUUCUAGACUUCUGCACAGCUGCAGUUUUUUUUUUUUUUUCUUCUUCUUGUUUUCAAUAUUUUCACCUAACGGAAUGAGAGAAGUGAUGUGUUUAACUGCAAUGGUGACGGGGAGAGGAAGAGAGGAGGGGAGGCAGGUAGAACUGCUCACUGCUCUUAACAGUGGCUUGCUUUGACUGCAUUUGAAAUUACAAAACAGGCAGAUUUUCUCUCUCUUUUUUUUUGUUUCUUUUCUGGCUUCCAGAAAAACUGCCAGGACGCUAUACAUAAGGCUGCCGUUCAUUUACUUAAAACAAAAAAAACGAAAGAAAAAAAUACUGUAAAGUUCGGCGUUGACAGUUUUCCAAAGGACUCUUUAAUUCUUUGUCUCCAAUCAAUGGUUGGCAGUUUUUAGUACCAAAUUAGCUUUCUUUGGAAUCCAAAUAGCUGUUUUCUCUUAAUCCACUGCAGAUUAUUAAUUCACUAUCCAUCUCCUUCUGUUUAUUUUGUAAACUCUCUUGUCAACAAACAAUGGGAGGCGACUUCCUUUGUUCACUUUUCAUUGCAUGCAUUGUGAAUUCUGUGAAGAGGAUGUUUUUGUUUUAACUUCAUUUAGACCUUAGACUUUGUUUUUUUUUUUUUUUAUAAAUAUUUUU